CAUCACGCCGACAGCUCGAGAGGAGAGGAGAGCUGGUAAUUGGCAUUCCUCGGAGGGGACAUGUACACAGAUCAUCAGGGCACUGAUGAUCAGUGUGCCCUGAUGAUCAGUGGAGCCCCAGCAGUACCCCCUGUCAGUGCCCAUCAAUGCCAGCUGUCAGUGCUCAUCAAUGCCACCUGCCAGUGCCCAUCAGUGCCAGAUCAAUGUCACAUAUCAGUGCCCAUCUGAGCUGCCUUUCAUUAACACCUAUCAGUGCCAGUCAGUGCCACCUAUCAGUGCUGCCAAUCAGUGCCUCCUAUCAGUGCCAGUCAGUGCUGCCUAUCAGUGCCAGUCAGUGCCACCUAUCAGUGCCACAUGUCAUCAGUGCCGCCUAUCAGUGCCACCUAUCAGUGCCGCCUAUCAGUGCCAUAUAUGAGUGCUGCCUUUCAGAGCCCAUCAGUGAUGCCUGUCAAUGCCCAUUAGUGCCACCUACUAGUGCCUCUUCAUCAGUGCCCAUCAGUGCUACCUAUCAGUGCCUAUCAGUGCAGCCUAUCAGUGCCCAUCACUGCAGUCUCAUUAGCGCACAUCAGUGAAGGAAAAAAAUCACUUAUUUACAAAAUUGUGUAA